AGAAGUACUCUUCAAAUAGGAGAUAGGUGACAACCGAGCCUAGUAAAAAAUCGUGACUUCCUUGUUUAAAAUAAAAUCAUGGAAAAGCAUCCACCACCUCGCCGCAGAAAGUCGAGCACCAUCAGAAGAGAUGAUACAAAAUCUACUGUUGAAAUUUUAGAGCUGAUGGGAUUUCCUAAACAUCGAGCAGAGAAGGCUGUUGCUGCAACAGGAAAUAAAGGAGUCAAUCUGGCCUCGGACUGGUUGCUGUCCCAUGUCAAUGAUCCAGAGAUAGACUCUCUGGCACCACGGCAGUAUGUGCUCUAUCUGUGCCCAGUAGGUCCACUGCAGGAACAGAUGAUGCAGUUUUAUCGUGACUCUCUGAAGACCUGUGGCUGGAAUGGAUCACAUUCUUACUUUCCUCACAUAACACUGUGUCCUUUCUUUACUGUUGAAAACAGUAAAACACGGGCAAUCAGAGAUGUAAUGAAAAACAUUGAGCCCAUUUUGAUGAACACACCAGGUCAGCUGAAACUGGAUUUUUUCAGUCAGACAAACUUUAUAGGAUUGUUUGUACAGGAAGACUACUAUAGAUAUCUGUCUGAACUGGUCAAUGUCUUUGCUAAAGAUUGCAAGGCAUAUGGUAUAGAUGUGGAACCACCAAAGAAGCAGCUUCAUGUUACACUGGCAUACCAGUACUCUGGGGAUCUCCAUGACAAGUUAACAAGUCUAGCAAAACAGAUAGAUCUCGGAGCUGAAUGUAUGUGGGAGCUCAGGGCAUACUCUCGGGAUCCAAGGCUUGGUAAAAGUGAGGUAAGAAAGGUAAAGCAAGCUUACAAAGGGUCAUUAGAUGAUGAGCUAGAUCUGAUUAUGGGGGAUUAUGUGUUCAUGGACACUAAUGAGAGUACGAGAAGCACAGAUAAGUGGUAUCAUGGAACCUCAUGGCUGACUGGACAACAGGGAAUGUUCCCCGGACCUUUCACUGAGAGAACUGCUGAAAUGUGGACUUGGGCCCUUCAUGAAGAACAUCUGCUGGGUCCAGAUGAGGAGAGCCAAGCGGCUGCACCACUGACCACACCACUGACCAAUGGAGUUAGUCAGGUACAAGAGCAGGAAGAAUAUGAGGCCUUGUGGAAAUCCCCUGCUGAUCUAUAUGCCAAGGUGAACAAACCAGCAAAAGAGAAACCUAUCCCUGAGAAAAGAGAACAGCCACCUCGCCAACUGUUUGUGAUUAGACAUGCAGAGAGGAUGGACUUCCUGUUUGGAAGAAGUUAUUGUGAUACAAUUUUUGAUGAUGCCGGCAACUAUACCCCUGUAGACCUGAAUAUGCCAAAACAGAUACCAAAACGAGCCUCUAACCAGUGGGACUAUGCUAAAGAUGCUCCUCUGACGUGCAUGGGCAAGUUCCAGGCAUUUGUGACAGGGGAAGCAUUGAAGAGUAAAGGGGUAGUAUUUCAUCAUGUGUAUGUAUCACCUUCAUUUAGAUGUGUUCAAACAGCUACAGAGAUUCUUAGAAGUAUGGGUCUCCAAAAUCUAGUUAUAAGAGUGGAACCUGGUAUAUUUGAAUGGCUUGGCUGGUACCAGUUAGGAUUACCAAGGUUUUUUACCCCUACUGAGUUGAAAGGCCAUGGAUAUAACAUAGAUGUUUCCUACACACCAGUAACCCCAGCAUCCAGGUUUGACAUGGAUGAAGAUAUUCAAGAUUAUUACAAAAGAUCCGGAGAAACAACCAAAAAAAUACUUGCCAAACAUCAGCAUGAAGGUGGGAACGUUUUGAUGUUAGGUCACGCUGGUUCUGUUGAGGUUUGUGUACGACAGCUUCUUGGGAAAAGUCCAAGAAGUACACAAGAUUUCCGAGAAAUAUGUCCGAAGGUGCCAUACUGUGGACUUAUAGUAUGUCAGGAAGAUGUAAAGACAAAGAAAUGGUCGGUCAUAGACACACCUAUAUUACCCCUGACACAUGGACAGAACAAGAAGAUCCACGUCAAAAAUCUACUUUAUCCUUCUUAGUUCAUAUUUGUUUUGUUAGUGCUGUUAUAUAUUUUACAAGAGACUUUACAUGUAUAGUUCAUGCGGACUAACACUCUGCCAGAUUCUGUUUUUACUGAAAAUAGCUUUAUGAAGCUGUAAAUACAAGCAAAUAUAUCAGUUAAGGAUAACAUAUGCUCUGAUUUCAUAUUUAAAAUAUGAACAGUUACUUUGCAGUAUCAAUGUAGACAUGAAAUAAACAUGUUUGUGUAUAUAUUUGAGCCGUGCCAUGAGAAAACCAACAUAGUGGGUUUGCGACCAGCAUGGAUCCAGACCAGCCUGGGCAUCCACGCAGUCUGGUCAGGCUCCAUGCUGUUCGCUAACAGUUUCUCCAAUUCCAAUAGGCUUUAAAAGCGAACAGCAUGGAGCCUGACCAGACUGCGCGGAUGCGCAGGCUGGUCUGGAUCCAUGCUGGUCGCAUACCCACUAUGUUGGUUUUCUCAUGGCGCGGCUCAUUUAUAGGUACUGUAUGUUAGGUUUAUGAUCAAACUACACUCUGAUCAAUGUAUAAGUAAACAUAGUUUGAAUAUGUAAUGCCACAAUGACAUUUAACUAUGGUUGAAGCUGUGCAUACACAGUUAGUUUAUAUAUUUAGCCAAGUUAGAUAUAGUUGAUGAAAUUUUUUUACCACUGCCAUUAAAAAUGGUGGGGAUGGGAGGAGCAUAUAAUGUUUUCCUGUCCGUGUGCACAUAUGUGUAUGUCCAAGCAUCCAUAUGUUUGGGAGUGCACAAAAUCAUGUCUGGCUGAUGACUUUGUAUUACAUUGUUGAAUUUUGAAAUAACUUGGCACAAAUAACUACCAUAACAAGAUGAUAAAUCACAUGAAAAUUUUGAAAGUUCAUGUCACACUUGGAGGUAAAAGAUUUAAGAUCAUUUUUCUCGUCUGCUUAGAGUUUUUUAUGCAUGCAUGGAUAUUUAAUUAUAUUGGCACAAACAUUUACUAUAACAGAAUGAUGUGUCAGUUCAAGACUCAUACCUCUCCAUUAAGGUCAUGAUCAGACUUACAUGACAAACUUUUACAUCAUUUUUCAUGUCCAGUCUGUAACUUCUGUAUGAAUAGAUUGGUAAUCAAAUAUCUUGGCAAAAACGUUCACUAUAACAUAAACAGCAUGUUGUGUGCAAGACCUAGACCCCUAGCUUAAAGGUCAAGGUCAUCCUAAGAGGUCAAAGAUUUUAUGCCUUUAACUUUUGUAUAAAUGGAUGAAUAUUCUUUAACUUGUUAUAAACAUUCGUCGCCAUUACUAGACAAUAUGUUGUGUUUAAGACAUUGGCCAUUAUUUCAAAGGUCAAAAUCCCACUUAGAAGCCAAAGAUUUAAUCAUUUUUCUUGUUCAUUCAAGAAGUUUUGUACUUUUGUUUAUACAUAGAUAGAUAUUUGAAUUACUUGGCACAAACAGUCACCAUAAUAACAUGAUGUGUCAAGUGCAAGACUUAGACCCUAGCUAAAAGGUCAAUAUUUUUUUUAGCAUUCAACGAUUUUAUGUCACUUCUCAUGUCUGGUCUGUAACUUUUUAUGCAUAUGUUAUAUAUGCAUAUGUUAGGAUAUUUAAUUAUUUAGAACAAACUUUCACCCCUUCAAGACAAUGUAAUAUUAAAUCAUUGAAAAGUGAAAUGAAUAUUUACAUUUUGUUUCUGUUCCAGUCCAUAAUUUCAGUUCCUGUGUUCUACUGUCAAAGUGCCGUUACUCACAGGACUCACAUUUUCUGAGUUCUAACAUCACUUAGUGGGGCCAUCAGUGUCCUAACAUCACAUCUUAGGGGGUGUAUGGGGAAUCUAGAUUGAAUCUAGUCUAGAUUUCAGUCAAUAAUGAGAAGAUAGUGUAAGUAGAGCAUAGUAUAUCUGUAAUGUUUUCAUUAGAAUUGACCUUUGCUUAUCUUGCUGAUUCAGUGCAGUAGGUUCACCUGCACUUUUAUUCCUAUGCAUUAGAUCAUAUUAUGUUUAUUUUGUGUGUACAUUCAUUUUGUAGUCUAUUUGUCAAUCCUUGAAGUUAUACUGUUGUUACUCUGUAGGCCAAAAAUUUUCAUUUUUACUGUGAAGGGUUCAUUAAGAAUGACUGAAACAAAAUUAUUCUGAUAAAUUUAGACUUAUUUCAGACUUUAGAUAUAUUGUAUUACAAUUCUCAGCACUUACCAGUAUAAUCAGAUUGUAAGGUUCAAAACAUUAAGCAAAACAGCAUAAAACUUGA